AUGGGGCCCUCUCUCAACAACCACUCUUCGUUCGUGCGACCGCGUACCUCAGACCGCGAUGCUCGUCCAGGUACAAGGGAUCAGACUGAUCAGAACCUGAUCAUUCCAAGCAGAACAUCCUCUCUUCAUUCCCGGAUCACCCAACCAAUCCCGUCGACGUUAAAUGUCAAGCCUCAACAGCGGACCCCUAAGACCCUUACUCAUGCCUAUAUGGUAUGUGGUGUUGGGAGGGAGCCAUCUCAAUGGGUUAAGGCACCAGCGCCUACGCAGGGAAAGAUUGGCCACAUGAAGGGAGCUGUGGGACAAUUCUGGCUUCCUGAGAUUCUGGGUAGCAGCCCACGGUUGGAGCAGGACAAUGAGAUCGCCAGAGCAUUGCACUCUGCUAUGAGAGCUUGCUUUCCUCAUGAUGUAGAAAUUUGUACCGGCCGCAGUCAACCCCAUUGCGUCCACCACUCCUUUGUACUCCAACAAGAUUCUUCCCAUACCCUCUAUGGUAUCGCGCUCCGGGUUUGGUCCAGAGCUGAUGAGAAACGCGCCGAGACGAUCCGUGACCUCCGCAGACGAACCGAAUCGGACUUUUAUGAUUCGGCAGAUGAGACUUACUGGAUUCCCUAUUGUUUAUCUUUCCUCUCGAGGUACCCACUUUACAACCUUCUGGGUGAUUAUCUACGAGGCAUGUGGAUCCACUGGAACAAGGCAACGAAUCUUUUCCACGCUGAGGAGGUUUCACGCAUCUUGAGCUUCCCAGCUCCAAGACUUAACGACCUUGUCCGAAUUGAUAUGAAGGAUUAUGCCCUCUGCUACCAAUUCCCAUCCUCUCCAACUGGAUUCCAGAACUUUGCCAUGUGGCCAUUGUUCUCGUGUUUAUCCGUUCCCAACAUCGUGGGUGUGAUAGAAGCCGCUUUAUCUCCGACUCGGCGCAUCAUUUUCGUCAGUCACUAUCCCGCCAUGCUCACCGUGGCUGCCGAAACCAUCAGAUACUGCGUUCGGGUUUAUGAGUGGAGCGGGCUCUAUGUUCCUGUCGUGCAUGCUAGACAUGCGAAGGAGCUUGUCCAGGAGCCAGGCCCAUAUAUUCUUGGUAUUACUGCAGAGUGCCGUACACUUUUUACUGCACCUACCGAUGCUUUGGUCGUGGACUUGGAUCGCAACUUUGUGUUGACAUCCAGCCCACCCACAGCACUCACAGCUGGUCAGCGUACGAAGAUGGUCAAUCGCAUCACGCAAUCUCUUAAUGGAGAUGUCACUCCAUCUGGAGCACCACAGCAUCUUCGAUCUGCAUAUGGUGGAGGAAAGCUGGUUCCAGCUGGGCAGAUUAUUGUGAUGCGCGGCGAAGUCGAAUCUAUCCAGGAUCCGGAAUGGUGGAAUCAGGAUGCCGUGAUGGCUGUUAUGGAUCAUGUUUGUGAGAAAAUGGGAAGAAAUACCGGCAUGAAAGCCGUGUUUGGCGGGGCCGUGAAGAAGCCCUUGAUGACAAAGGUUUCAAUGCGCCACCUGAAUGAGAUCGUUCGGGAGCGAAACCAAUACUCUAGGGAUGCUCUGGAAGCCUGGCAAGAUUUCAUCAACCUCAAAGGUCGCAUGGAUACCGAGCUUGGCAAGGUCACGAAACGGAACAACUUCCUGGUGGAGGAACUUGAGAGCUGGAAACAGCAGUUCCUCAAAUUCCAAGCCUUCGCAGAGCAACUCACCAAGGAGACCCAGGAUCUCAAGGUCAAGAUUGAGAACCACAAGCGUGAGAAUAGACGCCUCACAGCUCUCAUUGACCAACAGAAAGAUGACGUUGCUCGUCUCAAUACACGUCUCUCUGGUACCGAGAAGCAACGUGAUGAUGCUCUCGAGGCUUUGGUCCUUCAACAAGAGAUUGCUGAGGAACUCGAGCGCGAGCGUAAGAGAAACAAGAAGGAGAUCGCUGCUCUCCAACACACCAAUGGCACCAUCGUCCGCCAGAGGGAUGAGGCGCAACGUGUUGUUCUGCAUCUCCGCAGCUUGAUCGGUGGUCAGGCUCACCACAUGGAACAUCUCGUUUCAUCCCUCAACAAGGCUCCAGAAUUAGCCGAAUACAUUGAAGAGGGUUACGAUGAGGAGGCCGAUGACCUUGAGGAUAUCGUUGAAGAGGUCAAGACUGACGACAAUGAUGUACAUGAGCCAUCGCGCUCGGACAGAGCGAGAAAGAUCAAUGGAGAGGAUAUGUCUGAAGAAAUGGAAGGCAGACUCCGCAAAGGACUUCGAAACAGCAAGCGAUACAGCCAGAUGAGCAUUGUUGACGUCGCCGAUCGCCAUCUCCGCGAUAAAACUGAUGCCAUUGCUCACAUCAUCCGAAAUAUCAGCGACCAAUGUGCCGCCGCCGUCGCAGGUCUUCAACUUGCACACGACGCUGAAGUCGAGGCAGAGGAGCUUGCCCAUCAGAGCCAAUUGCGUGGUCACCGGGGCAGCAACUUAUCCAUCGCAGGAAGCGACGAUGGUCAUUCGGCCCAAGGCUCCGAUAUGGACAAUGAUAGCCACUUACACCCCAGUGGCCGUAACUCAAGUAUCCCUCCUACUCCGGAUCUGAUCCACAACCGAUCCAGCACUGCAAUGUCCAUUGCAAGCACAACAACUACCCCCGAGAGGAGCAGCCAGCAAUACAAUAUCGGACAGGAUAUCCCAACUAAGAUCGUUGAGGAUAGUGAUGAGGAGAUCGAGGGCGGGAGUCAGGGUGAGGUUGAAAUUACCACCAAAGCUGGAUUACUCCACCGACCUGCUGGGGCCAGAAUUUCUGCUUUAGGCGGCCGCUAG